AAGCUUCACCGCAAUGUCGGGUAAGAGUGGUACACGGCAGAAAAAACUUGGCGAGAAAACUGCAAGUAUAUUGUAAAAUUAGGCCACAAUGCCGAAUAUGGGUGGCCUGGGCCAUAUGCAUGAAAGCAAAUGGUGUAGCGUAUUUUCUAGUGGUAUGAAAUCAGGGUUGGCUCCAAAUACAUGAAAGCAAGUAGUCAAAGAGCUCUCGCCCUGUUGGACCAAUGCCUGACCAUGAAUCAUAUCAAGCAAAUUCAAUCCCAUGUUACGGUUUCUGGCACCCUUUUGGAUCCUCAAGCCGCUAGCAAGAUUAUCUCCUUCUGCGCGUUGUCCGACCAGGGCGACUUGAAUCACGCCUACCAACUCUUUCACCGUCUACCGCAGCGAACCACGUUCGUUUGGAACACCAUGGUCAGAGCUUUUGCUGAGAGAAAUGAGCCCAUUAAAGCUUUGUCUCUGUAUAUGAAUAUGCUUGAGAGUGGCUUCUUACCAAACAACUACACCUUCUCUUUCGUCCUUAGAGCUUGUGCUGGCCUCUCUGAUAUAUCCUUGGGUUUAACGCUCCAUUCCCAAGUCGUCAGGUUGGGCUGGGAAUCCUAUGACUUUGUGCAGAACGGAUUGAUCCAUUUGUAUGCGACUUGUAACUGCAUGGGCUCUGCUCGUAAAUUGUUUGAUGCGAGCGUAAACCGAGACGUCAUUACGUGGACAGCUUUGGUUAAUGGGUACGUGAAGGCUGGACUAGUUGUUGUUGCACGGGAGUUGUUUGAUCAAAUGCCGGAGAAAAAUACGGUUUCUUGGAGUGCAAUGAUUACCGGGUAUGCACAGGUUGGCUUGUUCAAAGAGGCUCUGGAGCUUUUUAAUGAUAUGCAGGUUUCUGGGUUUCGACCAAAUCAUGCUGGCAUUGUAGGUGCACUCACUGCGUGUGCUUUUCUUGGCGCAUUGGAUCAUGGAAGGUGGAUACAUGCAUAUGUGGAUAGAAAUGGGAUGGAAUUAGAUAGGGUGUUGGGCAGUGCUCUCAUUGACAUGUACGCAAAGUGCGGGUGUAUUGAAACUGCUUGUAGUUUGUUUGAUAAGAUACCGAGAAGAGAUGUUUUUGCCUUUACUUCAUUGAUUUCAGGCCUAGCAAAUCAUGGUCAGAGUGCAAGUGCUAUUGAGUUGUUUAUUAGGAUGAAGAAUGAAGGAGUUGUACCUAACGAAGUUACAUUUAUAUGUGUCUUAAGCGCAUGCAGUCGAAUGGGGCUAGUGGAUGAAGGGCUGACAAUUUUCUAUAGCAUGAGUCAGGACUAUGGGAUCCAGCCAGGGGUUCAACACUAUGGGUGUUUGGUAGAUCUCUUUGGAAGAGCUGGAAUGUUAGAAGAGGCAACGAAGGUGGUGAGGGAGAUGCCAAUGCAACCAGACUCGUAUGUAUUGGGUGCAUUGCUCAAUGCUUGUAGAGUUCAUGGAGAUGUUGAGUUGGGUAAAGAAACGGUUGAGCACUUGGUUCAGCAGAGUCUAGACCAUGGUGGGGUUCAUGUUCUUCUUUCCAACAUGUAUGCUUCUGCUAACAAGUGGGAUGAUGUGGCAAAAGUAAGGAAGGGAAUGGAAGAGAAAAAAGUAAGAAAGGUACCAGGAUGUAGCUUGAUUGAAGUGGAUGGUGUGGUUUGUGAAUUUGUAGCUGGAGAUAGGUCGCAUCUGCUCAUGGAGGAGAUCAUCUUAAUGUUGCUUGCCAUUGACAAGCACUUGAAGUUUCUUUGUUGUCAUUAUGACGAUGAUGAUGAUAAGAUAAAUGAAUAAGUGAACUUCUAGCUGAGAGUUGGUAAAAAUACAAAGCUGGUGUUAGGAAGCAAGCUCUUGCUUUAUUGUUGAACUGUUAUGAUGCUCGGGAUUAUUUGUCUAGUUCAACUCGGUCGUCUGCAUUGUUAAGGUGGUGCACCCCAAAAAAGAACGUGUUGAUUGUCAGAUCAGGAUCUCUAAUUACUUAAGCUUGGGUUGGUGAAGGGAAUGAAAGGCGGCUUUGCAUUGGAAGCUUUUUACCCUCCCUCCACCAUAACGAUGCCUUUGUUAUCUUGGGGAGCAUUGAAGCUUUGCUUCUUCCCUCAUGUGCUUCUCGAAUAGGAUUCUCUUCGUUUUAAAUGUAAUUGGUAAUAUUAAUUUUAUGGUCAUAAUUUAAAUUUAGUGUA